AUGGUUUGGUCAAUGACAUGUCGCGUGCUAGCAAUGCUAUCAGUCAGCUCGAUAGCCAUUGCAUCUCCUGCCCAACUGGCUCGCCGUGAUGUACCAGCAAUCUCAAGCGAGCUCCUAGAGAGAUUCACCCUGUUUUCCCAAUUCGCCAGCCUAUCAGCCUGUGACCAAAACAUCAACCACACGGGUCAAAGUCUGACUUGCGACUACGGCACCUGUGAACUCGUAGAAGCUGACAACACGACGGUGAUCAACACAUUCCACAGCAAUCACGGCCCGACUGGCUACAUCGCGCUAGACCACACACAGCAACUGAUCGUCCUAACAUUUCGCGGAACGGUAUCGGAGAGCGACGGCAACACAGAUCUCGAUAUCGUUCUCACCCCAAUUGACGACGUGUGCACCGGGUGUAAAGCCCAUCUUGGAUUCUGGGUUUAUUGGAGCGAUGUCGCAAGUCAGGCGUCGAUCCAGCUUCGCAAUGCAACCACCGCGUAUCCGGGCUAUAAGCUAAAUGUUGUAGGACACAGCCUCGGGGGUGGCAUUGCGGCGCUAGCGGGGACAGUUCUUCGAACACAGGGGUUCAUUUUGGACAUUUGGACAUUCGGAGGCCCGAAACCAGGAAACAUGAAGCUGGCCGAGUUCAUCACUAACCAACAAUUGCCAAACAGCAUCUACAGAGCCACGCAUGCUACAGACCCCAUCCCGAAAGUGCCGCUCAAUCUGCCGUUCUUGGAUUGGAGCCAGCCUUCUCCUGAAUACUGGAUCACUCAGAAGACUGGGGUCCAGGUCACCCCGGAUGGGGUGGAGUACAUUGAAGGGAUCAAUAGCAAGGCGGGGAAUGCUGGUUCAGAUCGGGAUUUGCGGUGGCCGAAUCCGAAUCAUGCAGCAUGCACGGGCUUCAAGGGAAAUUGA